CGUCUGCUGCCGCGCGAGAAAAAAAUAAUUCACUUAUCCCGAAUCAAACGGUAUAAUAAUUCGUGCCUACUUACCUCUCGGUUAGGUUAGGCUUGUACCGCCGAUGGAGUGGAUGCCACGCCUCCCGUCGCGCGGUUGCAACCACCAGUGUCCAAUCAGCAGCCGCCAUGGAGCGGUGGUCCGGCAGGGUAGCCGUGGUCACAGGAGCCAGCGGGGGCAUCGGGAGGGCCAUAGUUCGAGUCCUGGUGAACAAAGGGCUCAAAGUAGUUGGUUUGGACUGCGCGGCGGUCGACUCCGAGUUUUCAGAUAGUCUCCAAGACGCCCCAGGCAAGUUUUACAGCAUAGUAACUGACUUGACUAAAGAAGACGAGAUCCUGUCCGCCUUCAGCUGGGUGAAAGAACAUCUCGAGGGAGUGGACAUCUUGGCUAACGUCGCUGGAGUGUGCCUCGUCGACAAACUUUCCGAGGGUGUGACAAGCGACUGGCGUCGCAUGCUCGACGUGAAUGUCCUCGCGCUGAGCAUCUGCACGCGGGAGGCGCUCAAGUCCAUGAGGGAGAGGGGAGUCGAUGACGGACACAUCGUGCACAUCGGCAGUAUAAACGGUGUCCGAGUGCUCGACAACGUCAUCCUGUCCAUGUACGCGGCGUCCAAGCACGCCGUGCGCUCGCUGACGGAGGGCCUGAGGAAGGAGCUCAACCAGCUGCGCUCCCGGAUAAGGGUCUCGAUCAUCAACCCGGGCAGCGUGAGGACUGCCAUGGCUGCCACCGCCCUGACGGAAGAGAUGCUCAACACCAUACCCAUGAUGGAGGCGGAGGACAUGGCGGACAUCGUCGUGUACCUCUUGUCUACGCCUCUCCGAGUGCAGGUGCACGAGGUAAUUGUUCAACCAAAUGAGAUAUAUGUGGACUGUCACGUUGCCUCCUCGAAGACCUUAGUCUGUAACUAUGGAUGGCAACGAUACAUCAAUACAUUAAAAAUAAAAUCGAUAUUUCUGGUUAAAAUAAUAGAUUUUUACCACAGUUGCAGUAGUCGCAGCGCGGGCAUGGAGCGGUGGGGCGGCAAGGUGGCCGUGGUGACCGGAGCCAGCGGGGGCAUGGGGACUGCGGCGGUGCGCGCGCUGGUGCGCAGAGGCCUCAGCGUGGUGGGCCUGGACCGACAACCCUUCGACGACCAGAUUGCUAAUAGUUUACAUAAUGCGAAGGGAAAGUUGUUUACCAUCACAACUGACGUGACAAAGGAGGAAGAUAUCCUGUCCGCUUUCGGCUGGGUGAAGGAUAAUCUCGGAGGGGUGGACAUUUUGAUAAACACUGCUGGAGUUUGUCAUCGCAGCAAACUUUCUGAGGGUGACACGGCUGUCUGGCGUCGCAUGCUCGACGUGAAUGUCCUCGCGCUGAGCAUCUGCACGCGGGAGGCGCUCAAGUCCAUGAGGGAGAGGGGAGUCGAUGACGGACACAUCGUGCACAUCGGCAGCAUCGCUGGUCACUUCGUACCGAACUCCACGGGUGCAGGCAUCUACACAGCCUCGAAACACGCUGUGACCACCCUGGCAGAAGCACUGAGAAGGGAACUCAACCUGUUGAAUAUGCCUAUCAAAAUCACUAAUAUAAGCCCAGGAGGCGUGAGGACCAAUUUGAUUGCCGGUAUUGUACCAGAAGAAAGAUUAAAAUCCAUGCCGUUGAUGGAGCCAGAAGAUAUCGCAGAUGCCAUAAUUUAUACACUAUCUACGCCACCUCGAGUAAAGGUCCAUGAAAUCAUAAUCCGACCUAAUGGUGAGGCGUGAGUACAGCUUUAAGGGUAUUUCUGCAGUUCAAACUAUUAUCGUUUUAAAGGACAUAUAACUAGAUGCAUAAAACAUGAUAUUUUAAGGUUGAAAAUUGAGGUAAAAAAAAGUAUCCACUUUAAGUAAAUAAAAAUUGCUUUACGUU